AAUUGAAUUUAGGCAAAGAGAAGCUUUACGUCCCCGGCUCUUUAUCGAGGCAAAUUACUACGUUUGAAGCGUGGAUCGGCCAUAGCUCGGUACGAUUUGGGCCGGUUGACCAUUGUGGAUCUUGGGCGCGAGCAAUAAAAGGGCAUCAAACGCCGCUGCACUCGAGGGGAGCGUCCCAGAGCUUUCGAAUAACUUUAGCUUUCUUCCUACCUUUUCAAAGGUACAACCAAACGCAACAUGUCGCAACGAGCAGCACUCCUCAUCGGUGAUCUCAACCACGCGAGGAAGGAAUGGCAAGAGUGUGCACAGGUUGCGUCGAAACUGCUUGAGUACCCAAAAGGCGGCCGGGAGGACUUCCUUUCGAAAUGUCGAAGUGGCGAAUUUGACGGCGUCUUCGUGCUCUACCGGAGUAACGACUCGAACCCCGUAACUGGAGAUUUCAACGAGGAGUUGCUCGACGUCCUACCCAAGAGCCUGAAGUACAUUUGCCACAACGGAGCUGGUUACAACAACAUCGACAUCGCAGCAUGCACCAAGAGGGGCAUUGCAGUGUCAAGCACCCCGAUAGCGGUCAAUGAUGCGACUGCGGACAUAGCGAUUUGGCUGAUGUUGGGCGCUCUGCGGAACAUCAAGCACUCUUUCCAGGCAGUCAACCAAGGUAAAUGGCGCGGGAAGUUCGAGCUCGGGCAUGACCCCAAGAACAAGACGCUCGGUAUCUUGGGCAUGGGCGGCAUCGGCUCUGCGGUCGCACACCGUGCGAAGGCCUUCGGCAUGAAGAUCCAAUACCACAACCGCAAUCGACUGCCCUCGAACGAAGAAGAUGGCGCAAAAUACGUGAGCUUCGAGGAGCUGCUGAAGACGUCCGAUGUGCUCAGUCUGAACCUGGCCCUCAACCCCUCCACAAAGCACAUCAUUGGCAAGGCGCAGUUCGAAACAAUGAAGGACGGCGUGAUAAUCGUGAACACGGCUCGAGGAGCAUUGAUUGACGAGGCGGCUUUGGUCGACGCAUUGAAGAGCGGCAAGGUCUGGACAGUCGGGCUGGACGUGUUUGAGGAGGAGCCAAAGAUCCACCCAGGACUGCUGGAGUGUGAGAAUGCUGUGCUGCUGCCUCACCUUGGAACCGGGACAUUCGAGACACAGCGCGAUAUGGAGCUGCUGGUCCUGGAAAACCUGAAAUCGGCAAUCAAAGACGAGAAGCUGUUGACGCAGGUGCCAGAACAGAAGAAGGAGAAGGCAAACAUAUGAUUGAGAAGGAUAUGGACUUACCCGGAAUAUGGGGGGGCAAUCGUGUGGAAUCUGGUCGGCAUUUGAAGACUCAUGAUAAACGAAUGAGAUAGGUAUAAAACUUCAAACUACUGCUCUGGUGUUCUUUGAAAGUGUGG